GUUCCAGCCGCCUGCCUCUCUAUUUUCUGGUCUUCUCUAGCACAUAUAAUUCAUUUUGUUAUUAGCAGAGGUUUCCUUUGAUGAUUUGCAAAGAUAUUUGAUAGAGUCUCUCAAAUGGCGUCAUCGGCUAUUGCAUCAAGCUCCAGUCACUUAAUCAACAAGUUUCAGAAAGAUGUUAACGGGCUAUCUUCUUUCGCUACCCAACCUUCGUUUAUUUUUUCCAAGAAAAAGACAUCCAGGAAGAUUUCAUCAGUCAUGUCUACGCAGAAGCAAACUGACCGGAAUCCUUCUACGACUGGUUCAGUGAAGACUGCGAUGACCAUGACUGAGAAGAUCUUGGCAAGGGCAUCUGAGAGAACUCAUUUAAGCCCAGGUGAGAAUUUGUGGGUUAAUGUUGAUGUCCUCAUGACUCAUGAUGUCUGCGGUCCUGGUUCUUUUGGGAUUUUUAAGAAAGAGUUCGGCGCUAAUGCUAAGGUCUGGGAUCGUGAAAAAAUUGUGGUUAUACCUGAUCACUACAUCUUCACAAACGAUGAACGUGCAAAUCGUAAUGUUGACAUCUUGAGAGAUUAUUGCACCGAGCAAAAUAUUAAGUACUUCUAUGACAUCAAAGAUCUUGGGAAUUUUAAGGCCAAUCCUGAUUAUAAAGGAGUAUGUCAUGUUGCCCUUGCACAAGAAGGCCAUUGUAGACCUGGAGAGGUAUUAUUAGGCACGGAUUCUCACACAUGUACUGCUGGAGCAUUUGGCCAGUUUGCAACUGGAAUAGGUAAUACUGAUGCAGGUUUUGUGCUGGGCACCGGAAAGGUUCUGCUAAAGGUGCCUCCAACACUCAGAUUUGUAUUGGAUGGUGAAAUGCCGGAUUAUUUGAUGGCAAAGGAUUUGAUUUUACAGAUUAUUGGUGAAAUAUCUAUGGCAGGAGCAACAUUUAAAGCGAUGGAAUUCGUUGGAUCUACAGUUGAAAGUUUAACUAUGGAAGAGAGGAUGACCUUGUGUAACAUGGUUGUUGAAGCUGGAGGCAAAAACGGAGUUGUACCUGCUGAUUCAACCACGCAUGAGUACCUUAAGGAUAGAACUUCUGUGCCGUAUGAAGCAUUUUACAGUGAUGAUCAAGCUAGAUUUCUUUCAGAAUACAGAUUUGACGUCUCAAAAUUGGAGCCUUUGGUGGCAAAGCCUCAUUCUCCUGACAAUAGGGCCUUAGCCAGAGAAUGUAAAGAUGUGAAGAUUGACAGAGUUUAUAUUGGAUCUUGUACUGGUGGAAAAUACGAGGAUUUCCUUGCUGCAGCAAAAGUCUUUCUUGCUUCGGGGAAGAAGAUUAAAGUACCCACUUUUCUAGUUCCUGCCACUCAGAAGGUCUGGGUGGAUUUAUACACUAUACCGGUUCCUGGAUCUGGUGGGAAGACUUGCUCACAGAUAUUUGAGGAAGCUGGCUGUGACACACCUGCAAGUCCCAGUUGUGGGGCUUGUUUGGGUGGCCCUAAAGAUACUUAUGCACGUCUAAAUGAGCCAAAGGUAUGCGUAUCGACUACAAAUAGGAAUUUUCCAGGUCGGAUGGGGCACAAAGAGGGCCAGAUUUAUCUGGCUUCUCCCUACACGGCCGCAGCAUCUGCUUUGACUGGUUUCGUUACUGAUCCAAGAGAUUUUCUACAAUAAGAACACUAUGUUGUUGCUGCGAAUGAGAGCUAUUUUCAAAUAAAUAUGUCUUAGAAUUAUCAUUUUUGCUGUGGUGUCUGAAGCGUAUAGUAUUACUUUUGCAUUCUUAUCAUAAUAAUAAUAAUAAGACUUGCAGACAUGUUUGUAUGAUCUGCUUGCUAAAUUAUCAUAAAUGCUCAAUUUGAAACAACCACAUUUAUGUAUUGAGAUGGUUUUGUAAUGUAUUGAUCAAAUUAAGGUAUUUUGAACUAA